AUGUACCCGACCACUCGUCACUACUGGCAGCAUUCAAACUCUGGCAGAAAGACGCAACGUUCGGAAGUACGCUUGAUCCUUGGCCUUGUUCUUACGUCGCCCAUGGGCCGUCAGGCUGUCAUUGACGAGGGCUUGAUCGAUAACGAUGGGUAUAGGGCCCUUCAAAGGGAAAUUGAUAUAUUGGAGCACAUUGGUGAUCUACGAAGAGUAACAAUCGACGAAGGAGUCGACGAACUCGAGCCCGUUCCUCUUACCAAUCAGGAGGCCUCGAUGGAAGAGUCGGAGGUGGUAUCACUGCUGGGAGUGGAUAGUAUCAACGUCGAGGAGACAGUAAUGCCCUAUGAUACGAGCUCUGACACGCCGUCGAUGGAUUCGUGGUACUAUUCCGCCACCGAAUCCAUCUUUCAUCCCCUUGAUCCCUCAUGA